UCGUAAAAGGCACAAAUGAGACGAAAGAGAAGACAAAGAAGAGAGCGCGCGAUCUCUCUCUCUCUCUCUGAGAGUCUUCCUCUUCUACCACACACCCUCUUCUCUAGAAUCCCACUACUGAUGCUUAUCAAGUCAACUUCGAAAACGUCUUCCUUUAAUUGGGAAUUUGAAUGAGGUGGGAGGAACGGACCAAAGUCUGAAAUUCAAAAGCCUUUCUUUGAGUGGAGUUUUGCACGAUUCCUUUCUACCCAUUUGUUUUUUCAAGAGAGAGAAUCGCCGGCCGGCUUCCCUUACCCGAGAAAGGAAAAAGGUACUUCCUAUUUGAAUUUGCAGACGAAGACGAUGAAAAGGCGAGAGGACGAGAGGGGGAUGAAAAUGGCAAAAGCCGACUGCACCACUUUUUGUAGUGGUCGCCUCCUUCUCCCAUCGUUCCAUUUCUGCACCUUCAUCUGUUUGUCUUCUCCCUCUCCUUCCCCAUGAACUCACCACCCUUCUUGCUACAUAUAUCCUUGCUCUUCUCUCGAUAUCAACAUCUCCUUGCGCUGAAUUAAGUCCCCCCCAUCCUUCCUUGAAAAACUCUCUCUCUCGCUCUCUCUCUGUCGGAAAGACUCGAUGAUGGCGUCGGGAUGGGAUUCCAGCGAAGAGGAGGCCUUGUCGUUCUGCAACCUGCCUUUAGGUGGACCUAAAGAGACGAGCAAGGAGCCGAAACUUCCCUCCUCGGACGACUUCGAGUUCACCUCGUGGUCGGCCGUCCUAUUGCCGGAAUCCGACGACAUGUGCGUCGCUGACGACGUCAUCUCUGACGGACAGCUCCUUCCUUUUCGGCCUCCCGAGAGCUCCGGAAGAGAGCUUCUCGGUUCGGCGGGGGAACCUGCCGUCCCGAGUCGCUGCGAGUCGCUGGACCGCUCCUGGUGCUUCACCAGCAGCAAACAGGGCAACGGUCUCUGUGAUUCCGAGCCAGACAGGCGGCGGGCGUCGACGGGCUCUGGAGGUUUCUUUGCGAUGGCCAGUCCGAAACCCGGGAUGACGGGGGGGAGUUUCCCGGCGGUGGUCGUCGGGAGGAAGAAGGAGGGGGCGACCAAGAUGGGGCUCUUCCGGCUGGGGCUGGUGAGGACGCCGGAGAUAGAGUUGGGGGAUCUCAGGGAGCGGGUGAAGAAGAAGGAGGAGAUGGGGAGAAGCCGAAGCGGGUCGUCCUCAUCGUCAUCAUCGUCGUUGCCAUCUUCUCCGUCGUCCUGGAAGGUUUUCCCGCAGCUGGAUUGCAAAUGCUCGGCCGUCGACACCGUGUCGGCCGUGAUUACGAGACGAAAAGGGGAGACGAGACGAGUCAGGGAAGGUGAAGACGAAGAGGAGAUGAAGAUUCGGUUGCUGAAGCAGAAGAGCGAGGCUUCUCGGCUUCGCACCUUUGAGUGGCUCAAUGGGCUGCCAAGGGCUCGAUGAACCGGAAGACGUCUCGGUCCAUCGUAUCGUAACGAUCCGAAUCGAAUACCAACCCGAGUUACAGUGUCCUGAACCAGGAAGCAAUUCUCAUUGUAGUAGCAAUGGAGUAGAAGAAGACCUGAAAGGUCUGGAAUUCACAAACAAGGUCAAAUAAAACCAGACAAAGGUUCAUGAGCUUGGUUGGAAUUCAGGAACUUGGUAGCGUUGAAACCAAACUGUAUCUUGCUGCCGAAAAUUUUUGAUAUACUUUGUUCGUUAUGUGCAGUUAGUUCGUAAGCAAGAAAGAUAGCAGCUGGUAUUUGACGGGUUGUCCCUGGUACCAAACGAUGGCAUGUAUAGAGGAAAAUAGUCGCAAUUUGGACUUUGUUUAUGGUUAACGCGUUGAUCUUCUUUACGAUUUUAAUUAUUCGUUGUAACCCUUUGCAGCAUACGGCCGAUAUGUGCCUGAAUGGAUGGAUGGAUUUCUGGA